CACUGUUUCUACAUAUUUUCCCAUCCAUUUGGUAAUUGAAUUUGCAUUUGGAAAAUCAAAAUUAAACUGAAUUUGAGCAAGAAGAGGAGGAAGGAGGAGGAGGAGGAGGGGUGGGGAGGCAUAUAGGAAGACAAUGAACCUACCCUUAUCGUGUUCUUAGUCUCAUCGUGCCUCCCCCUCAGAUCUUAGCUUUUUUUGUGAUUACUUGACUGUGGGUUGAUUCGCAGAAUCCGAUGUUUCCUAAUUGAAUCUGAGAGUUUCAUUUUACACCGUAAACUGAGAUUGUCAUAAUUUUAAGAUAAAAUGCAAUCAGAUAAUGGCAAAUUAUUUAUUGGGGGAAUAUCAUGGGAUACAAACGAAGAGCGACUUAGGGAGUAUUUUAGUACCUUUGGAGAGGUCAUGGAAUCAGUGAUAAUGAAGGAUAGGACAACAGGCAGAGCACGUGGAUUUGGCUUCAUUGUUUUUUCUGAUCCAGUCGUUGCCGAAAGAGUGAUAAAAGAGAAACACAGCAUUGAUGGAAGGAUGGUUGAGGCAAAGAAAGCUGUUCCUAAGGAUGACCAGAACAUCCUGAGUAGAAACAGUGGCAGUGUACAUGGUUCUCCAGUUCCAUGCCGCACAAGAAAGAUAUUUGUCGGAGGUUUACCAUCAACAGUAACGGAGAGUGAUUUCAAAAAGUACUUUGACCAGUUUGGGAUUAUAACAGAUGUGGUAGUGAUGUAUGAUCACAACACUCAGAGACCGAGAGGGUUUGGAUUUAUCACUUUUGAUUCUGAGGAAGCUGUUGACGCAGUUUUGCUCAAGACUUUUCAUGAAUUGAAUGGAAAAAUGGUUGAGGUGAAGCGGGCAGUUCCUAAGGAGCUGUCACCAGUACCAAACCACAGCCCAUUUGGUGGAUAUAACAAUGGUCUUGGUAGGAUGAGUAAUUUCUUAAAUGGCCUCACUCAGGGAUAUGCUCCAAGUAAUGUUGGAGGGCAUGGGCCUCAGGUGGACGGUAAAUUCAGUCCUGUUGCUAAUGGGCAAAGUGGAUUUACUCUAUUUGGUUCUGGUUAUGGAAUGAAUGUGAAUUUUGAUCAUGGUUUGAACCCUGAAUUUGGGGGAAAUGCAAAUUUCAAUAGUAAUCUUAGCUAUGGUCGAGGACUAAAUACUUAUUAUAUUGACAGCUCAAAGAGGUUUGGCAGUCCUGUCAGAUAUGAUGAUGGAAACAAUUCUUUCUUCAGUUCUGUGACUCAAAAUUUGUGGGGAAAUGAUGGCCUUAGUUAUGGAACCGGCUCUGCUAAUUCCAGUUCAUACAAUGGAUCAGGGAGUGCUAGAGGUGGAGGUAACACAUUUGGCAAUAGUGGAGUUGGCUUUGAUUCUUCAUCAAUUUGUUUUCAAGGAGACAGGAACAAUGUAUCAGUAAGUAAUGGCAACCUUAGCUUUGGAGGUUCUCACAACAAUUAUGGUUUGGGGACUGGAGGAUAUGGAAGAAGCAGUGGUACCAAUAUACCCCCAACAUCAUCAUACUCAUUGGUGUCAAAUGGAGAUUCUGAUGGGGCUUUUGCUGACUUUUACAAUAGUAGUUCAGUUUAUGGUGAUCCCACGUGGCGAUCAUCAAAUGCUGAGCGAGAUGGAUCUGUUCCCUUUGGAUAUGGACUUGGAGGUGCAAUUUCAAAUGUUUCUGCCAAAAUGUCUCCAGGUUAUGUUGGAGGCUAUACAAUUAAUAAGAGGAUGCCAAAUAGGGGAAUUGCUACAUAGGAUGAUCAUUUUGAAGAUAGAAACUACAGGUGAAAUCAAUCCAGUGAAGCAGGUGAAAUGUGAAUUUUGCACACCAGUGUUGCUGCAUUUCAGUAAAGUCAAAAAAUGUUUGGUUAUCUAUAGCUAACUGGAUUGCUUGUUUUGAGGAUUCAGAUGUAAGGAUAGAAGCUGCAUUUAAGGCUUGAGUUUUUGAGUUACUGUUUUAGGUUUUGGGUUUUGGGAUUUGAGUGAGAUGUAAAAUCUGAUUGCGGGGUAUAGUGGAACUGAAUCAUGCUUUGCUUAUGAGGCAGCAAUAUACAGCAUUUCUUGUGUUCUUGAGUAGGAUUUUUGUCUCUGAUGUCACUCAAAAGUUGUGGCUCAACCUAUGAAUUUUUAGUUUUUUCCAUCCACAUUUUGAUUUGUCUUCGUUGAUUGUAGCUAAUGUUUCUAUCAGUUUCUAGUGUGAAACAUUGAAGGGGAUACCUAUCUAGAAACCCCUUAAAUAAGUUAUCAAUUCAAACUUCAUGCGAGAGAAAGGGAAAUCUCCAAUUCUUUCUACUCAUUUUCUAUUU